AUGACCGAGCUCAAAUCAAAUUUGAGGCCGUACUAUCUCGAGGCUGCGCUCGCCAGUGACCGUGCUGACAACAACGACUGCUUCAUUCUUGACGUCGGCCGCAAUGACGAGGGGAAAGCGGUUGCCUCGCUGAAGCGCGUGAUAGAGAAGGUGGAUGAUUACUUGCUCAAUGUCUACGACUUGACUGUUCCGAUCACGAAACUGUACAUUGUGGGUCAUUGGAACCUAGCUGGGACCGAGGACGAGACCGAGGACGAGACCGUGGACAAUGAAAAAUUUUCAGCUGAAGAGCAAGAGUGGCACGAAGCGGCAAAGGAGAUCGCCAAGCUCAUCGUACAGAUGCCUGUGCUGAAAGAGUUGACCUGGAUCUCUGGUUUACCCUUUGUGACUUGCAUCAUGGAGAAGCUACCCACGUCUAUGACGAAACUCAUUCUCGACCUCGGCCAGGGUAUUCACCUCCACCACGACGGUGCCUACUCGCACAAGGCCUACAUCACGCCAGCCGACAUGAAGCCUUUGUUGAAGCUGACAGAACUCAAGGAGCUUCGCCUGUUCUGCAUGCAUGACUCACUUCAGCCGAUCGUUUGGGAGAAUGUCUUUCGAAACAAGUCGGAGGGUGGCAUGCGCGUACUCGACCUGCAGAUGGCCGCUGCACCGAUCGUGCGUUCAGAACACUGGCGAAAAGCCCAGGAUGUCGUUGGUCUGACCGUAGUCAACGAAGACAUCAAAGAGAAGGAGUACAAGGGUCUGGAGGGCAAGGGUGUCUUGCACUACUCGUUUGGUACCGGGGAGUACCUAGACGACUUUUGUAUGCGAAAAGCGCGCAUUGCUUCCGGCUCAGAUGAAGCUAAGCCACUGUCGCUCCUCUGUCUUAAGCUUGACGGCUUCGUGAUUGACCAUCUUCCAUUCGAGCUUGAGCUCUCACAGAUCGUCCUUCUUACUUGUGGUGACAACUGCGUCGAUGCCGGCUUGCGGGCACCCAAGACAACACAGGUGGUAUCCGAUGCGUGGAAUACGACGGCCAACAACGGAUUCUCUCACUGCCUGAUUCAGUGGCCCAAGUGGACAGGUAUCUUCGACGGGCAAGGUGACCAACGCGACCUUGGCGGUAACGUGGUUUCUCAAGAAGCUGGGCCGUCUCUUCCGGUCACUGAAUGUCCACCACCAACCGUGCCUUUGACCGAGAAGUCACUUCACAUGAAGGAGCUGGGCGACUCUCUGGAUGGCAUGAAGGAAUGCUCUGACUUCUCUCCUCAAAUAUCAACCUUACCUUCAUCAGUUGCUAUCUCCAACGCCUCGACGCGUGGCUCCGAAGUCCCGAGCCUCACUAUAGUCACCUCCACGUACAGCUCUCAACCCGUCCCCGUCAUCGAUAGUUCGCUUUCCUCCAGCUCAGGCUCCUCACCUGGACCCAGUCGCGUCCCAGACAACAACUACUGGUUAGACCCUAGUUCUCCAACCUCAACCGACGGAAGCUUCGAACAAGUCAGCCCUGUCACUGUCGAUGGCGCUUCGAUUGCCUCCACGACCAGCUCAGCGCCUUCUACCACGGCCGACGACCAAGAUUCGAAAGCUACCAGCUUCAAGCAUAAGGUGAGACGAUCCUUGGAUUGGCUUAUCACUGGCUCUUCUUGA